AUGCAAGAAGAAUUUAAAAUGAUGCCACGGACAGGUGGACGUGAUCGAUUGGCUGUUCUUGAUAUCAAAUACCGAUCGUGUGGCAGCCCCGCGCGAACCCACCACUCAUGUAUGCAAUGGAAAUGCCAACUCGCAUGCGCUACCAGCAGUCAGCCUCUUACACGAGUCAGGUUCGAUCAGACGCGAUUUUCCGUUCGCAUCGCGGCCAAUGCUCUUGCUUUCCCACCCACAAUCCAUGAUAUCUCGGGUGCAGAGAUUUCUGACCGCAACAUCGAUUUAGGGCAGAUGGGACGAAGAAGAAGAGUCGGACACGUUCACCCUUGUCGAAAUCUGUUUCCCGAAUCCAAUCAACGUUUUCAGGCGAUGCUAUUGCUCGUGAAAUGCUGGAUCGGGCAGCGAGGGUGGUUGGCGCAGCCCAGGAAGAACAGGGUAUAUAUUCGACCACCGUCCCGUCAACUUAGCAUGAAUCAGGACCAGGAAAACCAAAUAAAGGUUAUCUCGUCUCGCAGGAAAUAG